AUUGUGUUACCAUUGUAUCCAUUUCCUUUUUAUAUACAAAAAAAAGUUUCGGUAAAUCUUUCGUUUGCUAAUUUGUGCAAAUAUGCUGGAAGUUUGCCAAAAGAAACAUAUGUUUUUGGGUUUAGGUCUUUUAGUUUCAAUAACACUGGUCGUAUUAAUAUUGGAGUCGCGUUUGACAACUUCGGUGCGUCAAAACAAAACGCAACAAUUUAUAAUCGAAAACAAUUCCACCUGCUGGAUGCGAGAAGAAUAUACCGUUAUACAGGAAUGUCAUCCGUGCACAGAUUUCGAUUUAGUUAGCCGGAGUUUAGGCGUUUGCAUACACACUAAUUACAAGGAAGUGUUGCGUUGUAAGAGCGGCGAAACGGUGACAAAGAGUUGUGAUCGUGUGGCUCUCGUAGAUCAAAGAAAAUUUGUCAAAUUUGAGGUAUGGUGUUUUACGAUGGGCUUGUUCAGCUAUGUGCUGUCAUAUGCCCGGUACCGCGUACUCUCGCGCAGAACACAUCAGAAAUUGGAAAGGCGGUUAAAUAGGGUGACUUAAUUGAAAUGUUUUGAUGGUAAUUUUAUUAUUAAGUACAUGUAAUAAUAUAAUUUAUGUAAAAUAUAAAUC